UACAGAUCAUCUCAUAAGAAAAAUGAAGAUCUCAAACGAAUAAUAAAGGAGAAGGAUGAACAACUUGAACUGAUAAGGAUCCAAGAGAAGGAAGCUGCUCAACAAAAGCAACAUAAUAUGAAAUUUCUGAAAGACAAAGAAAAGGAAACUGAAGCUCUCAGACGAACAAUAAAUGAGAAGGACGAACAGCUUCAAUUGAUGAAAUCUGCAUUUAUAGAAAAGCAAAUGGAGACUGAAGCUUUGCUGCAAAGAGUUUAUCAGAUGGAAGCACAACUUCAACAAUCAAGAUCUGCUCUGAUAAAAAAGGAAGAUGAACAUGAGAAACUGAAUCAAAGUUUUCAAGCCUUUCACCAACAACAGAAUCAUAAUGCAAGAUUUCUGAAAGACAAAGAAAAGGAAACUGAAGCUCUCAAAAGAAUAAUAAAUGAGAAGGAUGAACAGCUUCAGUUGAUGAAAUCUGCAUCUAAAGAAAAGCAAAUGGAGACUGAAGCUUUGCUGCAAAGAUCUGCUCUGAUAAAAAAGGAAGAUGAACAUGAGAAACUGAAUCAAAGAUCUACAUGUAAAGAAAAGCAAAAGGAAACUGAAACCUUGCUGCAAAGAGUAAAAGAGAUGGAAGCACAACUUCAACAAUCAAGAUCUGCUCUACAAGAAAAAGAUGAACAACUGAAAUCUUUCAAAGACAGAGUGGCAGGAGAAGUUGCUGUGUCAAUCAAAACAGGAAAAACAAUGAGCCUCAAAUAUCCUGUUAAUAAGAACAGACUGAAGGAAAUGUAUGAAGACCUGAGGUGUGACUGGCCAAAAAUAAAAAAAAACUUAAAGUCAAACAAGAAACAUCCAGAUUCUGUGAAAGAACUGAUUCUGAAAGAGUUUCAGGACGCAAAGAUUGACAUGAGAAACAGAAGAAAGAUGAUAGAUAAAGUGUUUGAAAAAGGGAAGAAUGAUGGAGGAAUGCCACAAAAGGUUGAUCAGUACCGACAGCUAACAGUUCAGAACCUGCAGAUGACUCUCUACAGCCAGAAACAAGAUGCUGGUUCACAGAAACCCUUUCUUGAAAAUGAAGCAGCAAAUCCUCAGGAUGUGUUGAAGUAUUUGGGUUCUGAAUGUUACUGGCUUGGUUGCCUGAUGGCGUUAAACAACCCGCCUCUUCAGCCUGACUGGGAGAAUCAUCCUCCAUCGAUGGAUAGAUGGGACGUUUUCCCUCGAAAUAUCAGAACUGCUUCUGACUAUGAGUGAAAUUAAAUGAAUCAAGAAACAAUAUCGCUUUCUACAUCUUUGAAUCUGUGAAAAAAUGAAAGUGUGACAGCUUUAAUAGAUCGUAAAGCUGCAGCUUUUAAUUUAGUUGAAAAUAGAUGUUUGUGAUUAUUGUUUUUAAAAGCUCAAUAAAGCCUAAUAAGUUUGCUUAGUUGCAAUUUUUUAUUUUCAAACCUUUUUUAAACAUCAUAAAUUUAAAACAGUUUGGCUAUUAUAUUUAUUUUAUGUAUUCAUCUGAGUUUCCUGUGAACCUGAACAUGUUUUUCUCUGUUACUCUUGGUUUGCCUCCAUUGUGCAGCAUCUUGUACUGCAGUUUGACUUUAAUUUAAUUGAAUGACUGUUUUAUAUAAAUCUGUGCUACUGCUGAAUUAUAAACAGGCCAGUAGUUAACAGGUUUAUUUUUAGGGGUAUUUUGAAAACAUCUAGUUAGCUUCUAUUAAUCUGGUUUAUUGUCUAUAGAACGGUGUAAAUUCUAGAAAUUAAACAUGAUUAGAUACUUUCUAUGUUUGCAAAAUGUUGAAUUCUGAACAACAAAGGCGAAACAAAAGUUUGAUUUGACUUUUGAUGAAAAUAAAAACUUAUUUCAAUGGG